CGAAACUGAGAACUACUCCCUACACGAGACAUUUUUGAGAAUCGUCGCGUAAACAGACAAAAUUAUCUGCUCACCUGAUGCCUUUCUAAAAAUGAGUCUCAGUGAAAGGACAAUGGUGGGGUCUUCUGUUCAAUCCAGGAGUGAAACACCGGACAUCAGCUGUUUGUCUAUGAGAAGUGAAAAAUCAAUGCAAGGUCCCCCUUAUUUCAGUGAUGAAUCCGUGACCUCUGAUGCUUUUGCGGAAGAUUAUCAUCAGGAUUCUCAUGAACCAGUAGAUGAUGUUCUGCAGAAAGUCAGAGAUCAACACAAAACCAUCAUGAAGAACAAGUAUGAGAGUCUAUUUGAGGGAAUCAAACACCAAGAGAAUCAAACCCUCCUAAAGAGGAUUUACACACAACUGUACAUCAUAGAGGGAGAAAGUAAAGGAGUGAAUGAAGAACAUGAAGUUUUACAUAUGGAGAAAAACACCAGAACACAACACUUACAAGACACAACAAUCUACUGCAAUGACAUCUUUAAACCCUUACCUGAACCAGAAUAUAAAACAGAGAAAAGAAGAGAGAGGAAAGAGAAAAUCAAGAGUGUUUUUACUAAAGGCAUUGCUGGAAUUGGAAAAACCGUCUCUGUACAGAAGUUCAUUCUGGAUUGGGCAGAGGGAACAGCCAAUCAAGAUGUAGAUUUCAUGUUUGUGUUUCCAUUUCGAGAGCUGAACUUGAUUCAAGAUGAUCAGUACAGUCUUCACAAACUUCUGCUUGACUUUCAUCCUGAACUUCAAGAUCUGGACUCAAAGAUUUAUGAUGAGUGUAAAGUUGUGUUCAUCUUUGAUGGUCUGGAUGAAAACAGAAUGACACUGAUGUUUUCAGAUACUGAGAAAGUUUCUGAGGUGACUGAGACUUCAUCAGUGCCUGUGUUGAUAGCAAACCUUAUAAAAGGAGAUCUGCUUCCCUCUGCUCUCGUCUGGAUCACCUCCAGACCAGCAGCAGCCAAUCAGAUCCCAUCGAAAUACAUCAACCGUCUGACAGAAAUCCAGGGAUUCAAUGACGAUCAGAAGGAGGAAUAUUUCAGGAAGAGAAUCAGUGAUGAACAUCAAGCCAGCAGAAUCAUCUCACACGUCAGAAGAUCAAGAAGUCUCCACAUCAUGUGUCACAUACCAGUCUUCUGUUGGAUCUCAUCCACUGUGCUUCAAAACAUCCUGAAACAAGACAAUGAGAGAGCAGAAAUCCCUAAAACUCUGACUGAAAUGUACAUCCACUUCCUGCUGAUUCAGAUGAAUAUGAAGAAUGAGAAGUAUGAUGAGAGAGAUCCAGAGAAACUCCUGCAGUCCAACAGAGAAGUGAUUGUCAAACUGUCUGAACUGGCUUUCAAACAGCUGAUGAAGGGUAAUGUGAUGUUUUAUGAGGAGGAGCUGAAAGAGUCUGGCAUAGACAUCACUGACGCCUCAGUGCAUUCUGGGAUUUUUACUGAGAUCUUUAAGGAGGAAUCUGGAAUACAUCAGAGAAAAAUCUACUGCUUCAUACAUCUCAGCUUUCAGGAGUUUCUGGCUGCAUUCUAUUGGUUUUACUGCUGUGCAUGUACUGCUAUGAAAGCUCUUGAAUUUUUUGAUCCAUUGAAUAAUUUGCUUAAAGGUGCAGUAGAUAAAACUCUUCAGAGUGAAACUGGACAUCUGGAUCUUUUCCUGCGAUUUGUGCUGGGCAUCUCACUGGAGUCCAAUCAGAGACUCUUACAAGAUCUUCUGACACACAAGGUGAAAACCUCAGAAACCAUCAGGGAAAUCACACAGUACAUUAAAGAUAAAGUCAAGCAUAAUGAAGAUCUCACAGCUGACAGAUCCAUCAAUCUGUUUCUGUGUCUUCUUGAAGUGAAUGAUCAGACUCUGUACAGAGAGAUUGAGGAGUUUGUGAGAUCAGACAAACACUCAGAGAAGAAACUCUCUGCUGCUCACUGUUCAGCAAUAGCCUACAUGCUUCAGAUGUCAGAGGAGGUGCUGGAUGAGCUGAAUCUGAAGAAAUACAACACAACACAGGAGGGGAGAAGAAGACUCAUACCAGCUGUCAGCAACUGCACAAGAGCUAUACUUGCUGACUGUGAUCUCACAGUUGAAUGCUGUAAAAUUGUGGCCUCAGCUCUACAAUCCUCAAACUCACCUGUGAGAGAUCUGGACUUGAGUAACAAUGACCUGCAGGAUUCAGGAGUGAAGCUCAUCUCGGAUGCUCUAAAGAGUCCAGACUGUAAACUAAAGAUACUGAAAUUAUCAGGUUGUAUGGUGACAGAUGAAGGUUGUUGUUAUUUGGCUUCAGCUCUGAGUUCAAACCCAUCAUUACACCUGAGAGAGCUGGAUCUGAGCUACAAUCACCCACAACACUCAGGACGACAGAUGCUCAAAGAAAGUCUUAUAAACUGUGCUCUCAAUUUGGACCAGGGAGAACACUUCAGGAUCACACCAGGUCUGAGAAAAUAUUUCUGUGAUCUCACACUGGAUCCAAACACAGCAAACGUUCAUCUUGUUCUCUCUGAGGACAACAAAAAGGUGACACAUUUGAAAGAAGAGCAGCUGUAUCCUGAUCAUCCAGACAGAUUUGAGUGUUAUGAACAGGUGCUGUGUAACGAGGGUAUGACUGGACGCUGUUAUUGGGAGGCUGAAUGGAGCGGCUGGUCUGAUAUAGCGAUGGCAUAUAAAGGAAUCGGUAGGAAAGGAAAGACUGAAGACUGCGAUUUUGGACUCAAUGAAAAGUCUUGGGCCUUGAGCUGUGUGAAUGGCCGAUUCACAGUGUGGUGUAAUAAAAACAGUAUUGACAUAUCUGUACCUUCACCACAACCUAAAAUAAUAGGAGUUUAUCUGGACUGGUCGGCCGGCACUCUGUCCUUCUACAGCGUCUCUGACACUCGAACACUUGCACACUUACACACAGUCAACACAACAUUUACUGAACCUCUAUAUGCUGGAUUUGGGGUUUUUUAUUCUGAUUGCUCUGUGUCUCUGUGUCAGGAUAAAUAAACAAUAGCAGAUAGCAAUUUAAAAUGUAAAUGUCUCUAUUUAUACACACUCUUUUACAAACACUUUUCUAUUAACACCCCUGCAAGUAAGCCUACGAUG